AUGCGGACGGUGAAUAAUGUGGUAACCAAACAUGCCCUACCGGAUAUUUUGGACCACGAAGCAUUUGAGGAUGAGCGAGACAACAAUGUCAGAAAGCCGCUUGCCGUUCCUGCUACUAGAUUACCCCACAAAAUCCUCGUCUAUAUUUUUUCAUACCUGUCGCCCAGCGACCUAAACCAUUGCCUGCAGGUUUGCCGGCAUUGGAACAGUGCGUUAGCAUAUGAGGAUAGUAUAGUAUGGCGAACGCUUGCAAGAAAAUUAGUGCCCGAGCCAGCCCUCAGCGACCCGUAUUUGCUGACAGUCGCCACAUUUAAACAGAAGCUGCGCGCCUUCAAAUAUGCCUGGAAUCCGAGCGACACCAGCAAGAAUAAUUAUUUGCGUCCGAAUGGCUUCACAAUACACCGACAGCCCGUGGCACAGUCUACAGAUGGGGUUCGAGGGAAGAUUGGGGUGUCAACCGGCUGCCAUGCUUUUGAAUUAUCAUGGGAAGGACCACUUGGUACAGUGGCGGUGAUUGGGAUUGCGACAAAGCACGCAGCUCUUCACUGCCCUGGCUACAUCCCACUCCUCGGUUCUGAUGACCAAAGCUGGGGCUGGAAUCUGGUUGAUAACAAUUUGCUCCAUAAUGGCCAAUCACUUGGUAUCUACCCGGCGGUGAAUAACCCUGCUAAAUAUAUGGUUGGUGAGCGAAUACGGCUGAUAUUGGAUUGUGAUCGGCAUUCUUGCUACUUUGAACGUGGCUCUGAAUUUCUUGGAGUGGCAUUUAAGGAUCUUCCGCCUGUAAAACUGUACCCUUCAAUAUGCGCCGUCUACGGCAAUACCGAAGUCUCCAUGGUCUACCUAGGCCCACCUGCAAUGGGU